UCAACUCACCUACAAUCCUUCUCUACUCAAGAACAACCUCAACAACCAACACCAUGUGUGGCUACUACGGAAACUACUAUGGCAGCAGAGGCUAUGGCUGCUGUGGCUAUGGAGGCCUGGGCUAUGGCUAUGGAGGCCUGGGCUGUGGCUAUGGCUCCUGCUAUGGCUGUGGCUACCGUGGACUGGGCUGUGGCUAUGGCUGUGGCUAUGGUUAUGGUUCACGCUCUCUCUGUGGCUGUGGCUAUGGAUAUGGCUCUGGCUAUGGAUCUGGAUUUGGCUACUACUACUGAAGACACCAUGGAAGACUCUCACCCUUUCCAACUCUAGUUCUGAUCCCCAUGUUUUCU